UUGUUUUCAAAAGUGAUGGAGAAGCCACCAUCUCUCAAGUGUGGACACCGGAACUGGACACAGUAUCCAGUAAUAGUAGCAUCAAUGCCAUGUACAGAGACUCAGCUCAUACAGAUGGUAAUAUGGAUGCUCCAGCAUCGCCUUCUCAUCCAGCUCCACACGUAUGUCUGUCUGAUGGUGCCCCCGAAUGAGGAAGAUUUCCGAGCUCAAGAUGAAGACAUGCCCUUCACUGCCAGAGUUGGAGGCAGAAGUUUAAGCACUCCCAAUGCUCUCAGCUUUGGCUCCCCAACCAGUAGUGAUGAUAUGACUCUCACAAGCCCUAGUAUGGAUAAUUCCAGUGCUGAGCUGAUUCCUGGUGGUGACUCUCCAUUGAAUAAACGGAUGACUGAGAACCUGCUAGCCAGCUUGUCUGAACACGAGCGGGAAGCUAUCCUCAAUGUCCCUGCUGCACAGAAUCCAGAGGAUCUACGCAUGUUUGCAAGGCUGCUGCACUAUUUCCGAGGACGGCACCACUUGGAGGAGAUCAUGUAUAAUGAGAACAUGCGCCGCUCCCAGCUGGUCAUGCUCUUUGACAAGUUUCGCAGUGUGCUGGUAGUGACCAAUCAUGAGGACCCUGUGAUUUCAGUCUUCCAGUCCCUCUUGAAGUGACUGUAUGGAGUAUGGGAGGGGAACUGCUCCUCUGUUUUCACUCCCUCAGUCCUAAUACUUUGUUUAUAUAAUGUUUAAUACAGGAGCAGGGUAGCAGCAGUCAGAGGGUGUACCCCCGCCACUGACCUUCCCAGUGACCCUCAGCAAGUCACCCCUUCUCCCUCCCUUUCACCAUCUGCCUGGGGAAUGUAAACCCUGACAUGCUUGUGGACGGAGCUCUGCCCUCAAGACGCAUGGGAGUGGGGCUAGAGAGGCGCACACAAGUGAAGUUCCAGUGUGCAGUGUCUUCCCAAAGGCCCUGCCACUGGGCUGGGGUUCCUUGUUUCCUGCGCAGGCAGUGUGUGCGGAAUUGAAGAAAGGUUUUACCUUGGUGUUCCUGAAUAAACAACACACUCUUUGACUGGA